AUGAUAAUCAGUUGCCCUGCCCUGUCAGGCAGGAAGACCGAAGCAGACGUCGGCUGCGGUCACGGUCACGGUCAAGAGAGCAGUCCAGCCCAAAGGCCGAUACGGCCGGCAACAUCUACCUCGACCGGCACCAAAUUAUGCACUUCCGCCGACGAUACAAGUAGGAAUCCCUACUCUACCUGGUCGCUAUCAAGUUUUUCUGUCGGCAACGCUUUCACCAUGUAA